AUGCACGUCACCAACAACACCUUAGACACUGGACUCAUGAGCAAGACUGCGGCCACCCCGUUGGUGGUGGACUCUCGUCGCAACCGCAGGCCGGCCGCCAUCCCCGUCACGGUUCAGGAGAGCGACUCUGGCGCGCAGGUCAUCCACAUUGUCGAGUAUGUGCCGCCCGCGUACGACCCCACCCGCCCCCACUCGGGCGCUGUUACCAACACGACCGUGAGGCCCAGCGCCGCCGCCGUGACCGUCGCUGGCACCGAGACCGUCGUGGACGACCCCACCAAGCCGGGUGGCAUGCGCCCCCUCCCCUCGACGCCAUUUUAG